AUGGUCUCUAUCAUGUAUACAUUCAAAUUUGCUUUGGCUGUGUUGAGUUUACUCUCAUUAUGCAGUGCAAACAACGUAAUCAAUCCAUUGGGUCAUCAAGCUGACCCGCAACCUAUUUCACGUAUUGAAUCGGAUGGUAAGCGAUGGUAUUAUUUCCCAAGUGCAAACCGUACAGAAGCAAAAGUGUAUAUGUUUGCCUCAACCAACUUAAGUCAAGUUUACCUUGGAACUGAACCAGAUACCCAAAAUGGUCGUUAUUGGGAACAUUUACCCAAUACUGGACAUGUGAUUUUCAAUUUCACAAAGAAUGUUCAUCAAUUACCCGAGGCACCCGCGGCCUUCAAGUGGAAUGAAUCGCAUUAUGUCAUGUAUGUAAGCAGUGAUGGUCCUACCGGCAAUCGAUUGUACGCAUUGCAUAACGAUGGCAAAGAUUUAAAGAAAGAUUGGACAUUUUCAGGGGUAGUGCAAUAUACCGAUGGAUCCCCUUUGGUGGGCUAUGAUGCAUUCGCCUUCAAUCAUCCAAAUGGGAACAAAUAUCUCAUGUACACAAAUGUGACAACGAUUUAUAUCAACAAGUUUGCUCCUGAAUAUGGUUUUGCAACAAUCGAACAUGUUAAAGAUGGUGGUAAUGGAACAGUUGUAGCCUCACGCUAUGAAGAUCCAUUUACCGAAGCACCUGAUGUGCUCAUUCAAGGCAAAAAGUUGAACCUUCUUUACACACAGAAUGAUUUCUUUAGUCCGAAUUACACAACAUUCAAUCAUGCUGUUUCAACGGAAUUAGAUCCUUUAGAUCCGGAAACGUGGAAAACCGGACAACCAGUACAAGUGUUGGCUUCUAGCAAUACGACAGGUGUAUAUGGAACUGGAUCUGUAGGUACAUUCAUCGGACCAGACAAUAAGCCAUGGAUUGCAUAUACCUGCUUUUAUAGUGACGAGCCAUUCAAUCGAGCAGAUGAAAACUUAUACGAUCCACGUCAAAUUCAAGCGCAACCACUUGUGUUUAAAGAUGAUGAGAUUCAGCCAAUGAUUCCGGUCAAGCCUACUCGUCACUUUUGAUAGCUAAUAGUGCAAUUUGAUAUGUUUAAGAGUGUGAGA